UGAAAUCAGUACACGCAACCUGAUAGGUGAAUCCCCAUAUGCGGCCAAUUCAAGCGGCCAAGUUAGCCGCCAUGAGUAGGCAAGAGUCAGAAUAAGGCAACCGACCUACCCCAACUAAGCCGUGGCUUGCAGCAGACAUUGCGGCCGCGAACUAUCUAGGACUUUAUAGCACCUAGAUACGUACUGCACCGCCCCCAAUGCGACUCUGGCGCCUGGAAAGACGGAGGCCUCUAGCAACGAGUCAGAUGGUCCCUUCGGCCUUCGAGGAAGAGUUGGAAAAUGCCAAAGUUUGACCUUUUACAUGCAAAACACGAUUUUCCCCGACUCCCAGUUAGGAACGGCAAAAUUACUUACUUACGGCGAAGGGAAUCCUUUUACGUCAGACAGCUACCUAGGUAGCUGUGCUAUAGUUUUCCAAAAGUCAUUGUAUGUUAGGUACGGCGGCGGCACCGCACGACUACGCCCAUCAUGGGUGCCCAGCCGGAACCAACAACUGCUUCGUCAUCUGCCUCCUCCACCGAAAAUACAUGGUCUACUGGAAUGGUCGUACGUAAAGAUCCAUAUGCCAACAACAAAUUACUCCCUUACCCUAGUAGCAUGGAGGCAUGUGUAAUCGGGCGCCUGAGCAGCAACAACUUUCAGUUCGAGGACCUGCCGUUGGUGUAUCCCCUUGGCCGAAGGGACUCAGUGUGGACAGAGUGUAGUAACGGAACGCUGCCAUUGGGGCCAGGAGGCGUGUUGGGAAGUGGCGACGGCGGCGACAAACUUGCCGAAUUUGAAGGCACCGGUUUAUUUCACGGAGCACUGCCACUUUCGGCACCCGAUAACCCCAGCUCACUCACGUACUCGCCUGCCUCGUCGUACCAAGGCUCCGUCUGGUCUCCCGUCCAAACGGAUUUCACGCCCGAAAUUAGCUGCGCAAGGUUAUCACGCUCGCGCGUCCCAAGUCCUUUGCGGAACGGGACUGGGGUGUGGGCCAACGCGGAUUAUGACUUCACAUGUGCGGGAAACCAACGUGUGUCCGAACUUCCCUGCGAUAUUCAACUCGAGCUCCAGUCCGGUAUUGGGCGCACCCACGUUUGCCUCUGGGGUAACAACGGGCCGUGCAGCAGCGCAGGGUUCGCAACAAGGGAAGAACUUAAUUGGCACGUCAAGUCCGAACACUUACUACUCUGCCCCAUCCUUAGCUGUACCGAAAGCGCGUUUACGAGCAAGGCUCUUGUGGACUGCCAUCUAAAAUACGCCCAUGGUUAUGUGAAGGUGGACAAGAGCAACACACUGAAGCCAAGUAACCUGCUCAAACCCGUGGUAGAGUCGCUUGGAACAUCAGAUAUGGGUGGUCAAAAGGGGGCGCUGACUAAAAAACCCGAGCCGGCCGAGGAUAAGAUUCUCAAGUUGGAAAUGUCUAUUGGCAUUUCGAAAAAGCGAUGUCGAGAUCAACUAAGAACCGUUCUCGAAAAGAGAAUUAAGAAGGCUAAUGGGCAAAUACUAGGCGGAACCCCAAAAUCUGGCGAGAGCCCCGGAACUAUCCAAUACCGCACUCCUCGACUUCUAGAAUCUGCAAGUUUUCCAAUUGUUUGGGAGCAUGGAGUCCUUCCAUUCCUCGUCGAAUUCAUCCCAAAGUGGUGUGGCGCUGGUCAUGUUAUCAGUGUCAUGCGUGGGAGAUUGCCCAAUUCUCGACGAAUAUCUAUCAUGACAAAAAGACCCGUCUCGAGGGCUCGAAGACUAGUUAUCGCCGGACACGUGCGAGAUUUGCUUCCAGAAACAUACCGUAAACUAAUUACAUUUGUCUUCUCUACCGGAAAGGUAGAUAGGCUUGUAUGGGCACGGGGCCUCAGCAAGAAUAUGCCGGAUGAGGUCUGUCUCCCACGUAACCCGUUUUGUUAUACGAGUCCCUGUAUGGGAGAUAGUAUUGGGACUACAUUAGAAGAUGGGGACGAAAUUACAGCAACACUGGGGCCGUGCAUAACCGUGGGUGGUGGAAGCUACUGGCUAGUCAACUUCCACCCGUUCGUUGAAGCGAGUAGGGAGACGCCCCCGGUAUCCGUCGAGCACCCGUCUCCAGUAGACCGAGCAAAGUGCUUAGAAGAAAGGCAUGAUAUGUUGAGCAGCGGCGAUCUCGACUUCCAACUUGGUAACCUAACUGCCACGUCGGGCUUUGAUUUGAAAACGACCCGAAUAUCUCACGAUCCAUAUUGGGAAGAAUGUGACAAAGAGCCCCCGCUAGUCGUUAUGGACUGGGGAUUGGUCUCUGCAAAAACCCGACAAGCUAACAUGCUUAGAAAAUUUCCCACCACCAACCAUAGACGGGACACUCCCGUAAUAUCAAUGAGUUCAAUCGUGCCCGGCGCCAUAGUAUGCUCCACAGGACGUACCUCAGGCUUCCAACGGGGACAGGUCUGCGAAGUACCAGCAUACCUUGACGGCUCAGAAAGUGGCACUGGGAAGGCAUCUCGCGAAUGGUAUAUAGAAGAACCAGAGCCUUAUGACAAUGAGGAGGGUUGGAUUAGUGGCGGUAUCGGCGUGGAGGGUGACAGCGGUGGCGCGAUCAUUGAGCUUGAGAGCAACGCCCUCAUCGGCCAAUUAUGGGGCCGGAACAAGUAUUACGGCCCCGGUCCGAGACAUACCUUCUUCACCCCCAUCUUCGACAUUUUCGAUGACAUUCAAGAGAAGUGUAGCCAAGACCGACGGCCUCAGUUGCCACAACAUCGUGAUGAGGCAGAUCGCUUCCCCGUUUACCCAAUUUGUCGUCAGUGUUUUGACCUUCGCGAGUAUCUCGAGAGCCGACGCAGUUCACGGGAAUCGUUGGUAUCGAUGAUUGGUAUGCACGAUGGAAGAGCGGGGGAUACCGAUAACGACCUGACGUCCGUUUCGGAGCUCGCAACGCCAAAAGAACAAUCUGCCUUGGUUCGCCACGUAGGAUCUGGUGAGAACUCAUCCUUUGGUGUUGUAUCUCCUGCGCCAGUUCAUACAUUCUAUACCGUAUCGCAAGCCAUGUCCCCAGGCAAUACAGAAUUGCGAAGUCCGUAUGCGCAGGCCCUGAAUGACGAGGAUCUUUAUGAUUAUGAAAGGUGCCCGGAUACCAGCGAGGUUUCAUUAGGAAAGCGACCGGCAUUGCCUACGCCAAUGGAGCGAAGUGGUAGCCAACACGCAAUCAAGAGGCGAAGGGUAUUGUAGUCGUAUAUUUUAGACGAUAUUUUUCCGGACCUUGGGCCCUUUGAUUUUCUUUCAAGCCGAAGUCUCACGCACCCGACCUCUACUUAUCCGGGAAAUCCCCCGCGUGCCAUCUUUCUCGCGCGCUGAUCUCGGCGGUUAUGAUUCGCCCUCGAUCCCUUGUUCGCUUCCUUGCGUUUACGAGCAUUUUCCGUAUCUUUAUCCCCUGACGAACCUGCGACAUUUCCUCCUCUACCUCCGCGGCCACCACCUCCUCUGCCUCCUCCGCGGCCACCGCCACGGCCCCGAUAUCCUCCUCGACUGUUUUUAUUUACACCGUCAAUAUCUGAGUCUUCUGUCCCUGACCCUGCCGGACUAGCACGCCAGGCGGUCGAGGCCAAGACAGCUUGGUCGCCACUAAAAGUGCUAUAUUUCAUCUCCAACUGUCUCAUUUGAUGGGGGAUUCUCGACAACAUCAAGGCCCAACCCUCAAUAG